UUACUUUACGGUUCGAGGCAGCUCUUUACGGCAUUUUCCAGCUUUCCAUUCACUUGGCGGUGAAGAUGGCGUCGGGCAGCGGGACGAAAAACUUGGACUUUCGCCGAAAGUGGGACAAAGAUGAAUAUGAGAAACUCGCCGAGAAGAGGCUCACGGAAGAGAGAGAAAAGAAGGAUGGAAAACCAGUGCAGCCAGUCAAAAGGGAGCUUCUCAGGCAUAGGGACUACAAAGUGGACCUGGAAUCCAAGCUUGGGAAGACAAUUGUCAUUACCAAAACUACCCCACAAUCUGAAAUGGGAGGCUAUUACUGCAACGUCUGUGAUUGUGUAGUGAAGGACUCCAUCAAUUUCUUGGAUCACAUCAAUGGGAAAAAACAUCAGCGAAACUUGGGCAUGUCUAUGCGUGUGGAACGUUCCACCUUGGAUCAAGUGAAGAAACGUUUUGAAGUCAACAAGAAGAAGAUGGAGGAGAAACAAAAGGAUUAUGAUUUUGAGGAAAGGAUGAAGGAGCUCAGAGAAGAAGAGGAAAAAGCCAAAGCCUAUAAGAAAGAGAAACAGAAGGAGAAGAAAAGAAGGGCUGAGGAAGACUUAACAUUUGAGGAGGAUGAUGAAAUGGCAGCUGUGAUGGGCUUCUCUGGCUUUGGCUCCACCAAGAAGAGUUACUGAGGCUUUUCUAUGCUUGACUCUUCACCAGGCCUAACUUUGUGUGGGAGUUCAUUUUGGGGGAAACACUUGGGGAAUGUCCUUAAGAGUGUCAGUAGGGAGGUGUAGAGGGUGGAUGUUUGUGGUUGGUUUCCCUCUACUGUUGGAGAGGGUACAGAUACAGAGGUGAUGCUGUGGCAUGUUCUCUCAGCCUCAGUACAUCACUGAAGACCUCUGCCCAGCUAUAGUUCCCAAUAAAAACCCUCUUCUGAGGCUGCUUUCCUAAAACACCCCCUGCAUCUUUCCCUCUUCAUCUUUCCAGUCUCUUCUCUGAGCAUCCUGCAUUUAUCUUGUGUUCUGUCUUAAUUUUUUUUUUUUUUUUUUUUACUAGAGCACUGCUCAACUCUGGCUUAUGGUGGUGCUGGAGAUUGACCCUGGGAUGUUGGAGCCUCAGGCAUGAAAGUCUUUUUGCAUAACCAUUAUAUGCUAUCUCCCAGCCCUCUGCCUUUGUUUUAAUUUUGGCUCUUGCUCAACCUUCAGUGAAGGGAUCUUUUGUUCCCAGAUUGCAUUUGAUACUAUAUUCUUGACCAGCCCCUCCCCUCCCUGCAGCCCUUUGUGGUUUUCUGGCCACCUGUGCAUGCAUGUGUAUGUUUGCCUGGACUAGUAGUGUGUGUGGGUGGGUGUGUGUGCAUGAAUCUCACAUAGAGGGAGGGAGCUUGAGCUAGAACCUCAGGUGCCUUGGGGCCUGCUGAUCUCAGCUUCCUCAGAGCAUGUAACAGAAAAUUAAAUGGGAUGAGUGGUGUGGUUUGUGUCUGGUGAGUUUUUUUAAUCUUUGUUCUUCAGAUGUAGACUGUUCAGCUUUGCCUGUUUAUUUUAUUGAGAAUUACUCUUUUUGUCUUCCUUAUAAGCAGGUUCUUGAAAGAACCUGUUUGAUGCAAAAAAAAAAAAAAAAAAAAGAAAAGAAAAGAAAGAAAACCUCAUUUGGGAACCAUUGGGUCUCAGAAACUGUUCAACUGUAAAAUAAAUGUCAUUUCAUUGGCCCUGUU